GCACAGAACAAGUUUGCUGAGAGGCUUUGACCAACCAUGGAAUGAUCAGAAAAAGCAAGCCUUCACAAAACGAGACAAACGAUCGGCACAUCUAGCGAGUGAGCGAAAAAGAACAAACGAACGGACUUCAUGUGCAAGAAAACAGCAACAAUGACACAUCUGUUCUAUGCAAGUCGAAACAGGAGUAGGAACCACCACCGGUCAUCGUUGCUCAGGCUUUCAUAUAUUUCUCUAAUGGUUGCUGUCAUUAUCUUAUUCUUUGGUUGGUCUGAAGCAAAGGCCGGUGGAAAACCCACCGCUGUCUACGAGGAAGGAACCGACUUGAGAGGUUCGAGCACCGGCGGCAGCUAUAACAAUACCAAGAAUGGCGAAAACGAUGAUAACAACAGCGCCAAAGCCAAGGAAAACAAAGCCAACGAUGAGGAACGGAUGAAGAAAUUUCUCGAAGCCUUCGUUUUUGGGCAGAAAGAUACAGCAUUGUACGAGGGCAAGAACGAUUUGCCAUCGCAUCACCAAUUUCUCUCCAUGCUCCAGACCAGUGAGGAAAAUAAUGGUGGCGAUGGAUCAUCGCCGCACGAUCAUCGAACCAAUGAGACGAAUGUUUUCGUAAAAUUUUGGGAUGGACUCGCGGGUGCUCUAACAAAAGAAAUUAGUGGUGCCGAUGCCCCCUUUUUCCGCAACGAACAGAACGAAGAAGACAUUGACGAAGUACUGGCCAAAGUACUAGGAUUGGCCAAGCUUCUGGUUGAAGAAGAAGCAUCGGUAACAGCGGUGGAAUUUUCGAAGAAAAUGUGGGUGGCGCUCAAGCAGGUCGCCAGACAGCUUAGCGAUACCUUCGGAGAAGUCAUGAACCACCUAGAUGCUUACUUUCCCCUCGCUAUACCGUACUACGCUAUGCAGGAGGAUUCCAAGAAAAGCCCUAUGUGGAAACGCAAGAUGCACCGCUUUUAUCAAGGGGUCAAAAAGCCCAAGCUGAUCGAGCUUCACGAUGCGCUCUACCUGUCCCACCUGGCGUACGUCGACACGCGCAAUCAGUUCGAAGUUGGACUAAGGGCCUUCCAGAACAACACGUGGUUAUUGCUUUAUGGUAACACCCAGAGUCUGCCGGACAUACCUGCCAAUUUCAUGGUGAUUCAUAAGGAACUCGCUCCGCUAAAACAGAGAGAGAAAAAGGGGAACAAACUUGGCCGCGCUUUCCACUCUCUCGCAAAGAAGUCCUUUCUGAAAGGGGUAUUUGCGGGCUCUACCAAAUUGGUCAAGCAGCAGCUGACCUCGGAAGUGCUGGUCACGAUUGUCGUGCGAGGGACCAAGGAGGUCGCGGACGUGCUAUCCGAUGGAUUAUUGGAACCACGAUCCUAUCGGGAAGGUUUGGCCCACGGUGGGAUGCUAGUGAGCGGAACAAACUUGGCGGCGUACUAUCUACCGAAACUAGUCAAUCUCCACAACACUACCCGUACGUAAUGCGACACAGUGAAGUCCAGUACAUCGUAUGCACAGCUCGGAGCGUAGGACACGAGUUCUGCGUCGGUCUCAUUUCUUCUCUACCAAGCUGUCAGAAUGCAAUGUCAGACGAACUCACUAAACUUGGACAUCUCCCUCAUGAUUUUUUUCUUUUUGUUGAUGUGAUUGGCUUUUUGCGAUGUAAUUCGAUGGCUUGAAAUUCGAUUUGAUCCGAACGCACAAACACAACAAACAACACACAUCCACUCAUAGAACGCGACAAGGUUCGAGUUGUUCUUAUCGGACAUAGCCUGGGAGCUGGAACGGCUGCUAUCGCUGCGAUGGAGCUCAAGAAACACGAUUUCCUCGAGGUGGAGGCGGUAGGAUUCGGGUGCCCCUCUUUAUUGUCACACGAUCUGGCCGUUAGCACCAAGGACUACAUCACGACGGUGAUCAACGAUGCUGACAUUGUACCAAGAUUGUCGGGGCCCUCCAUGGCAAAUCUUAUGAUGGAUCUUAUCGAAUACGAUUGGACAGAGGAAAUUCUAGAAGACAUUCGGUUUUCGCUGCAACGGGCGAAGGAGGCGUUUCCUGACUUUCGCAGGCACCUGCUACCGGACACCGAAAAAGUGUUGCAAUGGUUUCGAGAGCACCUAAGAAAAAAUGUCAAGCCGAAGAAAUUCUAUGAAAACAGUACUGCUUCGAAUUCUGACGACGGCAGGCGACGAACGAGGCUGCCCAGUGUGUUGAGUCCCCCUGGUCGAUGCAUACACCUGUUUCGGGACGGGUACGGAGUCACGGGAACUUUUGUCCCUUGCGACAUUUUUUCUUCCGUAGAUUUUUCGGUGACGGCAAUCGACGAUCACAUGAUCCCCACUGGAUACGACCGGGCUUUGUUGGCAGCGGCGCAGGAUACCGACCGAGAUUAUACGGUGCGUAAUGGAGAUGGCGUACUGGGCAUACGACAUAUGUGUUCUAUCAAAUAUCUUGCCCUAUUCCUUCUAAAACAUGUGAUCAUUCCCCAUUGAUUCGUAACAUACAAAACAUGGCCAUGUAUCUGACAACCUCAACUAUUUUCCCGUUUCUUUUGUUUCGCGUUAGUUUCGCUUUGCAAAUGAUAUCAAUUCAAUCGUUGGGGUGUAGACAUGGCUCAAUCAGAGAAGGUGAUAAGGGAGUACAAUAGAGACAAAAAGGGGUUCACCGGAGUCAAAGAGAAGUCAACAAAAUACUAGAGCAAUCUGAUAUUCGCAGUUGUUUAAUCGUUUGCAAUAGUGUACUACUUCAUUCGUGGCGAGAUGGCCCUUGGUACGACCGUCAGUAAGAUAGGGCAAUGAAUGGAAAAAAGUGCAUGCCUUCUUCUCCCAAUGCCAAAUUGACUUCAUCGAUGGUAUGGAUCAAUUUUGCUACAACCAGCCUUGGCGGAAACGUCUCGGCAGAGCCGUGUCUAGGAAAUUCCAUGGCUGAACAUUACUCUGUGCGCGCAGGGCAUUUGAAUAGAGCACCCGGAGAAUCCCAAGCAUAGUAUUGCAUGUUGUAGUAUUCCUUCCAUUCAAAGAACGGUUUUCAAAUGGAAGAAAGACUGUUAUUUUGUUUGCGGUCCAGCCGUUUCAACAGCACAACGCGUUUCAUUUGCGAGAAAAAUAAGGAUCCACAGUCCUU